CCAACUCAGAGCCACCCAGCCCACAAGCCGUUUAUCUCCAUACCCCAUGCUCGAUAACAUAGUCAAGCGAAUCUCAUUAGCACUUCGGAAGACUUUUCAUCAUAAUUUUGGGGGCGGAUGGUUCUAUUUCAUUUUUAGUUACUUCUUGUUUCUAGUGUUUACCGAUUUUACAGUGCUUUGUGCGAGUGAUAAAUCCGUCAGCUGA